AUGAUCAUCUGCAUGCUGCUGUUGGCCUCCCUGCCUGAGCCAUCUGGAGCUGAAGUCAACCCUGCUAUAUGCCGUUACCCUCUGGGUAUGCACGAAGGGACGAUACGAGAUGAGGACAUCACUGCCUCCAGCCAGUGGUACGACUCCACAGGGCCCCAGUAUGCAAGGUUACAGAGGGAAGAGGGGGAUGGAGCCUGGUGCCCAGCUGGCUUCUUGCAACCAGAAGAUGUCCAAUACCUUCAAAUUGACCUGCACAAGCUCUUCUUCAUCACCCUGAUCGGGACUCAGGGGCGGCACGCCCGUGCCACGGGCAAGGAGUUUGCCCGCGCCUACCGCAUCGACUACAGCCGGAACGGGGAGCGCUGGAUCUCCUGGAAGGAUCGGCAGGGGGAGAAGGUGAUCCAGGGCAACAUCGACACGUACGACGUGGUGCUGAAGGACCUGCGGCCGCCCAUCAUCGCCCGCUUCGUGCGGGUGAUCCCCGUGACACAGAUGCUGAUGACUGUCUGCAUGAGGGUGGAGCUCUAUGGCUGUGUCUGGUAUGAUGGUUUGGCAUCCUAUAGCAUUCCUGAAGGAGGGACAAUAGCGGCUCCUGGCUUCCCCAUCGUUUAUCUGAAUGACUCGACCUAUGAUGGCUACCAGGAGCGCAGGCACUUGUAUGGUGGUCUGGGCCAGCUGACAGAUGGUGUGCUUGGACUGGAUGACUUCACCCAGAGCCACCAGUACCGUGUGUGGCCAGGCUAUGACUAUGUUGGCUGGAAGAAUGAAAGCUUCAGCACAGGCUCUGUGGAAAUGGAGUUCCAGUUUGACCGACCACGGAACUUCACCUCCAUGAAGGUGCACUGUAACAACAUGUUCUCCAAGGGGGUGAAGAUCUUCCAGAGAGUGGAGUGCCUGUUCAAACCACGCCUGAUUGCAGACUGGGAGCCUGAACCUGUGGGGGUGGCAACUGUCCUGGAUGACAAAAACCCCAGCGCCAGGUUCGUGACCGUGCCCCUCAACCACCGCGUGGGCAAAGCCAUACUCUGCCGCUUCUACUUUGCUGACACCUGGAUGAUGAUGAGUGAGAUUUCCUUCCAGUCAGACAUGGAGAGUGUCAAUCCCAGUUUGGUUACGGCAGCCACAAGCACAACAGAUCUCCUGGAACCGGAGCGCAACGCUACAGAGGGGACCUGGGAAACCACAUCUUCUGUAACCAGCACAUGGAUAGGAGAGAAAGCAGAUGACUCCAGUACUUCCAUCCUUGUGGGCUGUCUUGUGGCUAUUAUUCUUCUGCUCCUGAUGAUUAUAAUCAUCAUUCUUUGGAAGCAAUACGUUCAGAAGAGGCUGGAGAAGGCCCCACGUCGGAUCCUGGAGGAGGAUGCCACAGUUCGCCUCUCCUUCUACAGCUACACCAUUGCCAACAACCAGACCCAGAUCCACCAGUCAAAUCCCACCUAUGAGCGUGCUUUCCCACUGGAUCUGGAAUAUCACCAGCCAGCUACGCUGCUCCAGAAGCUUCCAGAGCUCUCCCAAAGUGCAGAGGACUCAGUGUGCAGUGGGGACUACGCUGAGCCUGACCUGACCAAGUCCACUCCUCACCAAGGCUUUCAGAACAAUGUUCCUCACUAUGCUGAAACAGAUAUUGUCCACCUGCAAGGUGUGACAGGCAACAACAUGUAUGCAGUGCCAGCCCUCACUGUGGAUUCCCUCACCAAAAAGGACAUCUCAGUAGGGGAAUUCCCACGGCAGCAGCUGCGACUGAAGGAGAAGCUGGGAGAGGGACAGUUUGGAGAGGUGCACCUGUGUGAAGCUGAUGGGCUGCUGGAAUUCCUGGGAGUCUCCUCUACAGAGUUCACUCACCAGCCGGUCCUUGUAGCGGUGAAAAUGCUGAGAUCAGACGUCAACAAAACAGCCAGGAACGAUUUCCUGAAGGAGAUCAAGAUCAUGUCACGGCUGAAGAACCCCAACAUCAUCCGGCUGCUGGGGGUGUGUGUGCGGGACGACCCCCUCUGCAUGAUCACAGAGUACAUGGAGAAUGGAGACCUCAACCAGUUCCUCUCCCAGAGGGAGAUCUACAGCAAGUUUGCCAUUUCAAACAACAUUCCCUGCGUCAGCCACUCGAACCUGCUGUACAUGGCCACCCAGAUCGCCUCGGGGAUGAAGUAUUUAGCAUCUCUCAACUUCGUGCACAGAGAUUUGGCCACUCGCAACUGCCUGGUGGGGAACAACCACACCAUCAAGAUUGCAGACUUUGGGAUGAGCAGGAACCUGUACAGUGGGGACUACUACCGCAUCCAGGGCAGGGCUGUGCUGCCCAUCCGCUGGAUGGCCUGGGAGAGCAUCCUCCUGGGCAAGUUCACCACAGCCAGUGAUGUCUGGGCAUUUGGGGUGACCCUGUGGGAGAUGUUUGUGCUGUGCAAGGAGCAGCCCUACAGCCUGCUGUCCGACGAGCAAGUCAUCGAGAACACCGGAGAGUUCUUCCGGAGCCAGGGCAGGCAGAUCUAUCUCUCCCAGACUCCUCUGUGUCCUAACCCUGUGUUUGACCUGAUGCUGAAGUGCUGGAGCAGGGAUAUCAAAGACCGUCCCACGUUUGACAUGAUUCACCACUUCCUGCUAGAGCAAAUGGAAUCAAACAUUUGA